UUUUUGAUUACGGCUUGAUUCCACACUGUAUUUUUGGUACAAGUCUGAAAUUUUCAGCAUGGAUAUCGGUAGAUUAAGUUUUGCAGGCUGACCAUAGAUAUCAGGUGUGCGUCAGCAUGGGAUAGAACCUCAGACAAUGUGCAUGGUCGGCGAGAGUCCCAACUACUGGGCCACCGACGCAGUGUUUUAACCCGGGUCUUUAUUCUGCUUUUCGCGUCUUAUUCCAGCGUGCUUGAUAUAUUUAUUAUUGUCUGUGGUGUUCUACUACAACAAUGAUCCACCCAGAAAGACAUUGAAUCUUGAGGUUAGUGUCGGCGGUGGAUUCCUCUAUUUACGGUACAUUUGUUUGGUAUCUCUUUGAGGCUCUCAAAAAUGGGGAAGGGAUAUAAUAAUUAUAUGUGUAAAAAGUUUUUCCACCCAACCAAUUUCGAAAACAUAAAAAGAAAAUGGAUGGCUGAACAGGAACAUGAGUAUGAUACAAAGAGAGAACUUGAGAAACUUAAUCAAUACCGCCGAGAACAGGAAACUCUUGAAAAUCGUGUUCUCUUGGGGGACGAGAAAGCUAGGUUAGGAUUAGCCUGGAUGUAUGAUCAACCGGCUUUAGUGGAAAAGGAGCAGCCUGAUGAAAAGGAGGUUAAAUUUGAAUGGCAAAGGAAGUAUAAUGCUCCAAGAGAAACUUACUGUAAAAAUUCAAACGAGAUCGUAGAUCAACCUUUCGCCAUCGAAGUCCGCAAUGUCCGUUGCAUGAGAUGCAAGCAGUGGGGACAUUUAAACACUGAUCGUGUUUGUCCACUUUUUGGCAAGUCUUUUACACAGGAGCCGACGACAAGUGACAUGGUUGCACUUGACCAAGUUCAAAAAAGUCUUCAAAAGGAAGGCUUGUCUUUAAAAAGAGGCACUGAUCUGGACCGAUACACGUCUAUAUUUAGUAAGGCGAAAAAAGCCUUGACUGAUGUCUCCAAGCGUACGUCAGAGGAAGAAGAUUCUUUGGCGAUGGAGUUCUUAAAAAAUCUUUCUGAGAAGCAGCGUGAGAAACUGUUGAAAAAGCUCUCGAAGCUAUCAGAUAAGUCUCCUAAACACAAGGAACACAAGUCGAAACACAAGCAUUCUAAAAGACGGUGAUUUUUGAACUACAGAUACUUAAUUUUGCUUUUGCUGUUAUGUAUAUACAUUAUUUCUGUUCAUUUAAUUUGAUUGAAUGACUUUAAUUAUAAUGCAUAUUAACUUGUCAUUUUCCAUAUCUGUCAGUUAUAUGGUUUUUCUGUCGCAAGUGAAUGAAAUAUAGCGAAUACAGGCAGUAAAUGUGAAUGUUAGAAAACUCUUUGCUUUAGUUCUUUGUGUAAAUCAGUGAUUAUCAACUCUGAACUCAUUUGUGGGUUGUGAAUGCAAUUUUAACACGCUAACUGGUGAGAUAGUACUUAAGGAUGCAUUGUUCAAAUGUUAACAUAAACGGUUUGUUAUGUCUUUUUCAGCUUACCACAACGUGUGCAGUGUUAAUUACCGCUUUUUUAAGUGGUAUUCGAACUAGGUAUUAUUCUGACACUGUUUUCUAAAGUGUCACUCAGUAAACCGGAGAUUUACUUCUCAUCUCAACUGAAUCACAUGUUUUGUUUUAGCGACAUGACUAUAUACUUCGGUAGUACCAAAGAAAGAUGCAUCAUACGUGGACUCUUGGGUAACGAUCAGUUUUGUAGGCGUCGAUUUAUGGUGGAAACGUUGAUGGUAAUUUCUAGCAUGAGAAGGUAACAAGAAACACUAAGUAAAUUCAGGGUAGUAUUUUGUCG